AGUAUCUCAGUGCCUGGCUAAUGCUCACACGCACCACACAUAUACACACACACACACACACACACACAUAGACAGAUGGACGUGGGUGCUCAGCGGGGCCUGUGUUGACGUGAUCGUGUGUGGUGGUGGUGGUGGUGGUGGCAGUGAUCGAUUUUUGGUGCAGUGUUGUAAAUUAAUUUCUACAGUCCAGUGCUUUGUGUUUUUCUUAGUGAUUAUGAAAAUUUAUGCGAGUUUUUUGACUUAGUGUGUGAUUUGCGGUGUUUUCUCCAUCCUAGUUUGAGCUUCAAGAGAGGAAAACGAGGAAGGAGGCAGAAGAGGAGACCAACAAAUUCCCGAGUACCACACAAGAAACCCUCCAUAACUCCUGCCAUAAGGACAGAGCGAGAAAGAGAGACACAGAGGAAGAGAGCGGUGGUGCCCUCGGAGGAAGGAGAAGGGAGGAGGAAGAGAACAACUAUUUCCAAGUACUAUACAAGGAACACCUUCUUCCACGAGUCCUGCCAUACAAGAUAGAGUGAGGAAGAGAAACACAGAGUAAGAGAGAGGGCCCCUGGAGUGGAGUCCUGGGAGCAGCCCCACCCCAGGACACAGCAGCCAUGGGGAACGCCUGUCAUGGCAAGGCAAAGAGCAAAGACGACCAUGACCUCCCUCCACCAAACAUCAUUACAUUGUUUGGCCUUGAUGGGGACCCGACAGACCAAAAGGAAUCCUCGGCUGUGAUACAAUGGGAGAAGCGGCAGAAGGAGUUGAACCAGGAAGUGAUGGAGAAAAUGAGGGAGGAGUUUCACAAUCGCCCCGACAACUUCAUCCUCAACCUCCUCAUUGCCUCCGUUCAGUUCUACUCCAAUUAUAACAAAGAGAAAGCAGAGAUCAGAAACCACAUAAGAGAUAGAGAAAUGGCGUUUGACCACAAGCUAGAGGCGUCAAAGAGGAAGGUGCUGUACAUGGGAGGGCAUGAGGAGAUCUCUGGCACCCACGUGUUGUACCAGCCCAGGGAACACCCAUAUAUGGAGGUGCCAACCCCACUACAGUUCUUCCUUGUGCACGACAACAUUGACCUCUACCCAGAGAGGCAGUACGAGGAGCUGCAGGAGCGACAGUACACAGACCUAGAUGGGCCAGGGUACAGGUUCUGCACUGAGUACUCCAACAGACACCCAGGGUAUGUGCGGCUGCGGUGUGUGGACAUCAUCCCUGGCGUCACACGUAGCAACACCUACGAAGAUAUCUACGGGUUCCUCAAGCCUGUGGAUGAGUCAGAGUGGGACCCUGUGGUGGACCCCCGCCCACUGCGCCGCCCUUCCCUCACAUCCCAGAUCCCCAAUGGCCAGCUGCCUAACAGUGCCCUGCCAAAUGGACGCCACUCCCUCUACUCAGACUUUGAGGAGAGCGAUAAUGAGGAGGCACAUCACAGGUCUCCCUCGACAAGCCCUAGGAGUCCAGCGAACAACCCAAUGCCAGCACAACUCAAGGCACGGAGGCCGAGUGGGUUGCUGCCACAUAGCUACCCAGAUAGCAGUCAGCUCAGCCAGCUCAUUACUGCCAUGAGAUCCAUGGCAAAUGGUGAGAACAACAGCCUUCCCAAUGGUGAUGUGGGUCAUGCAGCACCUCGCAGCCGCAGUCUCUCGGAGCGCAGGCCAAGUGGAGUGUUCCCUCGUGUGGGGCCGGAGAUGAGGCGCCUCAGACUUACCUCAGCGCAGACUGACACCACCGACUCCAAGGCACUCUUGGCCCGGAGACUCACAAGUGUCGAGGAGGAGGAAGAAGAUGAGGAGGAGGAAGAAGAAAUCAGGGAGGAUGGAGAUGACUCGUGUUCAAGUAGUAAUACAGGACCAGCUGGCCUAGAACCCGGUGAGGCCCUGGAGGAAGUGGAGGAUGAGGAGGUAGUGGUGAGUAGCACAGAUCAACAGGGGAAGCAGGAGACAAUCCUACACGCACGCCUCAAUGAAGGAUGCUUCAUCAACCGCAACAUCAAGAUGAAGGACCCCUCGGAUGCCUAUGGAAUCUCCACCAAGACAGAGCGCAGGACAUACUUCUCCUCUGAGCGCCACAUGGAGUGCUUCGAGGAUGACUUUGAGGACGUGGCCAAGGUGCUGGGCAAGGAACACCUCCUCGACACCUCUCAGCGGCAAGGACCGGCAGUGUUGGCUAACGAACUCAUGAUUGAAGAGAUUGGCCCUAAGUUUCACGUGGAGUUCAUCCCAACUCUGCUGCUGAAGGAGUGGCCGCAGUGUGCCUUUGAGUGGCCCUUGAGGGAACGGAGAGGAAUACUGGAUCCCGAGGCAAAGGUUAUGUACAAGUGGCCAAAGGAUAUCAAUAUACAGGAGGCAAUGCAAGUUGGGUGUAACUUGGUCCCCAUCGGCCACUACAACCCCAAGGAGCCGAAUAGAGUCAUGAAGAUUGAGUGGCAGAUACAGUUCAUCAAGGCUGAGCAGAUCCUCCUUCGCAGCCUGGGCCACGUGCAGAUGCGGCUGCUCCUGUGGGUGGAGUACCUGCUGAGGGACCACCUGGAGGACGUCCCCUGCCUGCAGAACCAACACCUGCGCUAUAUUCUCUUCUGGAUGUGCGAGAAGGACUUCAGGGACUGGCAGGAACCUCGACUAGGCAUAAAACUCAAGACCUACCUCAAAAUUCUAUACAAAAGCCUAUCGACAGAGUCCCUGCCACACUACUUUGUCAUGUCGUGCAAUAUGAUGAAGAGCAUUCCUGAGAAGUACAUCCGGCAAGCUCAGUUGACAGUCAAGAGAAUCAAGGAGAACCUGCCGAUCUACGUAAUGCACACCAUGAGUAGAAUGCGCAUGGCUUCAGACUUCUACCCUCGUCUCAAUAUCCGUAAGCUCUUCAGACUGGUGACUAUGGAGAGUUUUGGCCUAGAGCACAUCAACCCUACACUCCUUCAACUGGCUGCAGAGGACAACAAUACAGAGGAGAAUGACAAUGCCCUACGCAGUGACUCGGAGGAAGACGAUGGUGAUGCUGAGGAAAAGAGGAAGCUUCAUGAGAUACGGCGGAAGCGGAAGGAGCAGGUGGAGGCACAAAUGGCAAAGAGGAACAGCAUCAAUAACACAAAGAAGCGACCGUCCACCAUCCGCCUGGACUCCAAGGUGCAGCGCGUCAAGGACCUCAGAGCCGGGCCUGUCCUGAGACUCUUUGCCCGGCACUUCUUGGCCAUGGCACGAGCCUCAAACCGCAACCGAGCCUACCCCCAGGCCUACAUGUACCUGCUCCUCACCGGCAACAUGGCCACUUUGCUCGAUGAAACUGGGAACAAUGAGGAUGCUGUUUUGCUGCGCCGACAAGUGGAGCAACUUAAUGUGGCAUCACGAGGUGGAGUGAGAGACAUGUUAUCAUCGUCAUGGAGCGUCAACGAACAGCAUGACUUGGUGCCCAGUACCACUCCGUCCCGAGGCUCAAACUGGGAGUUCAACAAGCCGCCACCUCAGCCCCCACCAGAACGCAACUCAAUGUUUGGCAUGGACCGCCAGUACACUGCCCCAGCCUUUCAGAACAUUGACUCUAAGAAGCACAGUGAUGUUGCCAGGAUACUCAGCAACACAGACAGUGACUUGGACAUUAUGGAACUACCCUGUGACUCGCCAGCCUCCAGCCUCCCUAGCUCCCCGACCAUCCCACCUGCUGAUCCUGCCCCAUUACCUGAAGAGCUCCCAACACUCUCACCACCCACACAAACUGACUCCCCAACACUCACAACACCUCAACAUUCCAACCCCAUAGGGAGUGAUGUGCCUGACACCCGAACCUCUCCAACUUCCCCAAGCCCUGAACCAAAUUUCCUCAACUUGCGAGAUGAGGACGCUGAUGAUGCUGAUGAUGAAUCCACUGACCUAUAGCUCCAGUGGAAAGUAAAUAGAAGUUAAGUUGGUGUUGUAGAGAAGAUACUGGUGAAUGAACUGCGUGACUGACUGACUUGGGACUGGACUGACUGAUUUACGAGUGGACUGACUGAAUGAGAAACUGGCUGAGGAAUGAAAAUAAAUGAGUGGCUGAUUGUGGAGUGGAGUGACUGACUGGUUGAGUGGUUGAGUGAGAAAUUAAUGACUGAUUAAGUGACUGGCUAAGAAGUAAAAUGACUGGUUGGUAUGACUGACUGACUGGAUGGUUGAAUGAGUGUCUAGUAAUGAAGAAAGCCACCACAGCUUUUAAACACCUAAUUGGCAAGCUGGUUUGACUGUUAAAAAGACUGAAUGAAUGGCUGAGUGAUGGAUUAACUCUGAAUGAAUGGCUGAGUGAUGGAUUAACUGACUGAAUGAUUGACUGAUGGACUGGCUGACUAAAUGGUUGACAAAUGGAUGAGGUGACUGAUUGGCUGACGGGUGCAUUAAUCAAAAUAAAUACUUGACAGAUAGAUUGACUGGCUGAAUAAUUGAUGUUCUAACUAAAUGGCUGACUGACACACUGACUAAAUGGUUGACAGAUGGACUGACAGGAGUGAUGGGUGGAUUAAUGGUUUGUAGUGGUCACCCAUCACAAAUUUUGAGCAAGUGAUGUUUUAAGACUUAUUCACCCAGAGUGAAUGAAUCAGCUGUAAAUACCAUUCCAACAUACAUAUAAAGAGUAUUUAACAAACAUCAUUAUCUUGUGUAUUGGCUCUGUCACUAUUCUUUGUAAAUAUCUAUGUAUGUUAAGUUGUAUCCUCAUUAUUGUGUAAGUUAUUCGUGCAUAUCUCUCAAUAAAUCAUCUUGUCA